GUGCCUUACCAGUACUACAAGUACCAUGUAAAGUAGCUCACAGUUUUUCUUCACUCGUAGCAUGUAGUUGUCCUACCAAUAACGCUGACGUACUUGAAGUAAUUCAAGGAGAUCAAGUAAACGCUCAGAGGGUUCUCCAUUCACCCCGCUGCGCAUGCGCAUUACAUUAACAUUCGCGCAGAAUUCAAACUGUUGUCUAGACAACCAGGAAACUAAGUACGAAGGAACAGUUCAUAUUAUUACUCAUCAUUUUACGCGUGUAGUUUUCGGCAGAAUUUUUUUUGUCUAAAACAAAUGUUGUCAAGCCGAAGAGGUGUUAAUACGGGCAAGGGUCAAGGUGCUGAAGAGUGGCGGGCAAGGAAUCUGAGCAAAAAAGUCGCACAGGAGAGACGACAGGGUUUUGGUGUCCAGGAGUUUCUCGACGGAUCCAAAUAUGAAGGCGAAUUUGUCAAUGGCCUCAAACACGGCAAGGGACGGUACAUCUGGAAAAGUGGAGAGGUCUAUGAGGGCUCUUUCUACCAAGACUACAGGCAUGGUGAUGGAAUGUACUGUUGGCCCACAGGCAACAAAUUCAUUGGCAAAUUCUACCUUAAUUGGAGAGAAGGAUAUGGAAAACAUAUUUUUCCAGAUGGAGCCACAUUUAAGGGUUUGUACCAUGCUGACCAGAGGUUUGGUCCAGGUGUGCUUAGUGAGCCGACAGGAUGUCAAGAUGUCGGUCUCUGGCAUGGGAAGCAUCUGAUACAAAUGUGUAACUUCAUACAAGGGAGCUUCAGCCUUAAAAACCUUCCGGAAUAUGCUGCCCACUUCGAACAUACCCCUGUCUCACAUUCUCAGACUCAGGAACCAUUCCUCUUGAAUGGACUUAAGACAAAAGACAAAACAGAAUCUGAGGUAAAUACAGAGAAAGAUUUGCUGCAGUAUGAUGACAACACUCUCCACCCUGAUGACAUUGAGAAUUAUUCCACUGACCUCUUUCCAUUGCCCCCGGAUAUUCGAAGAGAGUUUGACCAGCAUUUUUAUGGCCACCUGUGGGGACCCGAUUCUCGCCUGGAUGAAGGCAACAAACACGAUCCACACUCAACCCUGCCAUUAGCAGCCAAAAUGCUGGCUCAUAUUCAUAAACACAGACGACAAUCAGAAACUUUGGACUGGGAUGUAGCAAAAGUCUUUUCAUUAAAAAGGCACAGUUUUGGUCCGAAAGGAUCGUUGGAAGUAACAUCAGAACUGUUGAUCCAGCACGCCUCCAGAGGAGACCGACAGGCUGUUUUAAAUAUCCUCCUGGAUGGCCUUGUUCACCCUGAUGUAGCAGAUUCUCAGGGACACACCGCAUUAAUUGGUGCUGUGGUAAAUUGCCAUGAUGAUGUAAUCCACCUACUGUUAGACAUGGGUGCCGAUAUUGACAAGCUCAAUUGUGAAGGUUUGUCAGCCUUGUCUGUGUGUCAUGUCCUCUACUAUCCUUUUCAGCCUCUUGACUUGCUUCCUGGACCCCAAACCCAAACACAGGGUUUGAUGUCUUUGCGUGAAAAAACACCCCAGACCAGAUCACCGGACUUUGCUACAGACUCAUCUAGCCAAAACAACCGACCUCAGACAAGUGACACUGUUCAGACCACCUGGGAUCUUACCUCUGAUCAGAUGCCAAAGGAAUCAUCAGGAGGCAUCAUCUUCCAUCGCAGCAGCUGCAGUGAGCUUUCCACUGUCCUGAAUGAUCAUGAGGCCGCUGCGGAAGAUCAGCAACUAAAGGAAACAGACAGAGAAGAGAUUGUUGAAAGUGACCAGGAGAGAAACAGGAAAGGGACACGGACUGAGACAAAUGCUAGAAAGAAUCCAGUAAGACCCAAACAGAAAGAUGCAGAAUCAGGUGAGGACAAAGGCCAAAUGAAAUUCAGAUCUUUGCUUAAGGAUGAAGGGAGGAACAAGGAAGACAAAAACAACCAGGAGGAGAAGGGGUUCUUUUCAGAACGUUCCAUUCAGGUGAAAGAUGGACACAUUGUUGUGGGCUAUGUGAAGUGGAAAGAACGUUCAUCUGAAAGUAAGAAGAAAGAGCGUAUCAAAAAUCGGACCCCAUCACAAUCCAUGGACAGCUCCAGAAUGCAAGUCUCUGAGAAAAUUCUACAGGCAGCAGCUGAAGCUCUGAGCCACACUGUGGUGCCCAGGUGGCAUUCUGAUAUCCAGGAGACUGUGUGCAAAAUGGCUGCCAUGAAGUUUGAGCACCGUGUUCGUUUGCACACACUGAAUCUGCUGUUGGACCGUGGGGCUAACCCCAACGCUUCAAAAGUUCCUUUCCCGGUCCUCUUUUUGGCCAUUAUGGCAGCCGAUACCAAGACUGUCAGAAGACUUCUUCUUUGUGGAGCUCAAACAGAUAUUUGUCUUUCACCUGAGAGGAGAGGCUAUUAUCCUCUACAUGUGGCUGCAGCACUCACAGGCCCAGAAGGUCCCAAAAUCACAGAACUGCUGCUCCAUGCUUUAUGUGACCCAGACGCACGGGCAUGCGACCAGGAUGAAAUCUAUGAACCAGAUCAGACGGUAAGAAAAUCACGGCACACCAGUGACAAGCCAUUUCCUGAAGAAGGAGGUCGGACAGCUCUCCACAUCGCCUGCCAGAGAGAACGCGAUCACUGUAAUGCCAGCAAGGUGGUAUCCCUGUUGCUCUACCAUAGAGCCAGAACAGAUCUACUUUGGAGUGGACACUCGCCACUCUCAUUGGCUAUUGCAAGUGGCAAUGAAAUGUCAGUGGAGGAGCUGUUAAAAGGAGGGGCAGAUCCCAACAUUCCCUUGAGUUGUGGAGUUGGCAAUGCUCUAUGCGCCGUCACAAACUUCUGCUACAACCUGGAUGGCAAAAGGGCAAAACUGUUGGACAUGUUACAAAAGUCUGGUGGUGACAUGUUGAAACCAGUCCAGGUCGGUGACACUGUGGGAAACGUGGUCGACUAUGCACAUCACUCCUUCGACCAAGACUUGCGUAUUGCCCACACAUCCUUCCAUACCCUUAACAUGGAGCAGAGAGAAACAUUCAAAGCACGGCGUCGCCUCCUCGGCAAGAUGGGAAGUCUGCUCAGAGCGACUGCUGUCCAAAGAGAGAAAGAACAACAAGAGAGAGAGAAGAAACUGCUUCCGAAUUGUAAGUUAAGGUGA